CGCUCCAAGUUAGUUAGUUAGUCUCUCGGUACCAAACAUGCUCAUCAUCACAUCAUGCUUAAAGAAGUGGGUUUAAUGUCUUGUCCCCCUUAUUGACGCCCGUCACGAUGAGCGGCCUUUGCAGAGAAGUCGUCACUCUUCAGCUGGGACACUAUUCAAACUUUGUCGGGACUCACUGGUGGAAUUUACAGGAUGCGUCUUUAUCGUACGAUGCGGAGUCGCCUCUGGGUGAGAUCCAGAGCGAUGUCGUGUUUCGUGAAGGAGAGACUCUGGGCGGACACGUCACCUACACACCACGACUCAUCGCAAUGGAUCUCAAAGGAAGUCUUCGGACUCUGCGGAAGGAGGGAAGUCUGUACGACGCAGGCAAAGACACGUCUGCUGUCACAUGGGAGGGAAGCCUCAUGAUGCACAAAGAAAGUCCUCCGGAAAAGAACUCCUUUCUGGAAGAUCUGGACAAGUUUGAUAAUGGGGAAAUACUCGCAGAGGUAGAUUUUUCCUCCAGCUCUAAGCCUCAGUGCUCAGCAGCGGCCUCGGUGAGUGUGGACACGGUGAACAGUCGCCUGGAUCGAAUCCAAAGGGGCUACAGGCUGGAGGGCAGCGUCGAGGUCUGGUCCGACUUCCUCAGGAUCCACCUGCACCCGCGCACCAUCUCCGUCAUCCACCAGUACAACCACCACGGGGAGGCGGAUCGUCUGGAGGCUUUCGGCCAGGGAGAGUCUCUGCUGCAGGGCUCGGUGCUCGAGGAGCUGGAGGACAGGCUGCACUUCUUUGUGGAGGAGUGCGAUUACCUUCAGGGUUUCCAGGUUUUCUGCGACCUGGCUGAUGGAUUCGCAGGUCUGGGGUCAAAGGUCACAGAGAUGCUGCAGGACUCUUACGGCGGCAGAGGCAUCCUAACCUUUGGGUCAGCUCCCGUCAGUCACCCUGAUUCAACUCCCGUGAAGGACUUGUACCACGUGUUGAACUGCGCGUUAGGGACGGUCCACAUGGCCAAUCACAGCUCCUUCUUCUGCCCGUUGACCCUGCGGGGUGGACUGGGAAGACGACCGUCCAGUCCCACCGCGUUCACCCACCUCAGUUACAAUCCCUCGCUGUGGUACCACUCCAGCUCCGUCUUGGCCUUGGCCCUGGACGCCCUGACUGUCCCGUACAGGUUGAGGAGCAACAGCGUCCCCAUGUGGCAGGUGGCGGACACGCUGGCCGUCUCGGGGAGGAAGGUGGUGGCCGCUUACGGCGCCGUCCCCUUUCCCAUGAUGCACGGCGCCUCCCUGCCCGACGCCCUGAGCUCGUGCGCCGAUGCGUUGCCCUGGAAACCGUUGUCGGCUUGCUCCGAACCGGGGGACGGACGAUGCUACGGCCAGUGGGCGACGUUCAGAGGCCUCGAGGGAGAGAAGUUACUCAGCUCUCUGGCUCCGGGGACUAAACCACCGACUCCUCUGCACAGUCUCCACAGCGGGGAGGACGUCCUGGCUUCCUACAUCGCAUCUUUCUAUCCUACGUCUCCUCUGGCUCUGCAGCUGGUGUCUGCUCCCAGUAAGCUGACGCCUCCUUUCCCUCAGAUAUUCAGCCAGUCUCUCGGUGCUCAAGGUUUCCUGCAGAGCCCGCCGCCCCCGUCUGGCUGUCUGGCCCCCGCCGUCGCCUCCGCACCCGUCUUGACGUCCCUCCAGUCGGGGCCCGCCCUCGAACCCUUUCUGUCCGAGCUGCACCGCGGCGCCAGCGCUUUCGACAUCCGCCGCGUGGCCCCCAGCUUCCUCGCCCAGGGGCCCGAGAUAGGCGACUACCAGGAGGCCCUGGAGGAGCUGCGUCUGCUGGCUCGGUGUUACCGCGACGACAGCACCGGCAUGAGCCGCUCCUCGUCUGAGGAGGACGACGACGACGACUAAUAAUAAUAAAACGCGUCCGCGCUCUGGACGGAUGUUUGCUAACGUGACUGAUAUCGACUUCAUUUGCCAGCAUGCGCUCACUCAAGUUACUGAAUAGUUGAGACUGACUGAGCAAAGCUGCACGGUGCUGGUGAGUAUUGAGAAGUUAGAUCCAUGUGUGUAAGGACUGUUUAUAUGUAAGUAAAUGUAUUUUAUACACACUAUAAAAUGACUGUAUGAAGAUAUGUUGUUGUCUCGUCUCUGUAAUGAGUUCAGAUGUCGACAGUGGCACAUAUUUAACUUCAUUGCUGCAGCCUGGAGUGACGAUUAAGUUUUAUAUUAAACUAUUCAAUAACAAAA